AUGAAGGCCACUGAGGAGCUGCUGCUGAAAUCUCCUGCUGAUAAAAAGUUCUACCGCCUGUGCACGCUUGACAAUGGGCUGCAGGCGCUGUUGAUCCACGAUCCCGAAAUCAAUGAAUGCUGCCAGCAGGAGGAGGAGGGCGGGGCAGUGCAGGGGCAUGCGGAGGAGGCCAGCGAUGAGGAAGUGGACAGCCUGCUGAGCGGGGAGGAUGGGUCGGAGGAGGAGGAGGAGGAGAGCAGUGAGGAGGAGGGAUCUGAUCAUGAGCACGUCCAUCGCCAUCACGGUCACGGCCACCACGGCAACGGCGGGGCGGUCAAGAAGGCGGCGGCGGCGCUGUCGGUGGGCGUGGGCCACUUCACAGACCCGUGGAGCCUGCAGGGCCUGAGCCACUACCUGGAGCACAUGCUGUUCAUGGGCAGCGAGCGAUUCCCUGACGAGAACGACUACGAUGCCUUCCUCACUGCACACGGCGGCUCGUCCAACGCCUGCACUGAGGAGGAGUGCACGACGUUCCAUUUUGACGUCAAGCCCGACACGCUGCGCCCCGCCCUGGACCGCUUUGCCCAGUUCUUCAUUGCGCCGCUGAUCAAGGCAGACGCGUUGGAUCGGGAGGUGCAAGCUGUUGACAACGAGUUUUCCGGGGUGCUGCAGUCGGACGCGUGUCGCAUGCUGCAGCUGCGGUGCCGCACGGCGCGUGAGGGCCACCUCUUCCGCAAGUUUGGCUGGGGCAAUCGCAAGUCGCUGGUGGAAGACCCUGCCACGGCAGGCAUCGAUGUGCGACAGGAGCUGCUGCAGUACUAUAGGGAGCAGUACAGUGCGGAGCGCAUGAACCUGGUGGUGCUGGGAGGGGAGGAUCUGGAUGUUCUGCAGCAGUGGGUGGAGGAGCUGUUCAGCGCAGUGCCGGGUGGGCGGGGUCCUCGGCCACAGUACGGCCAUGUGGGGCCGCCAUUCCAUGGCGGACGCCUGUAUCUCUUGCCUGCGGUGCGCGAUGAGCACCGGCUCACGGCGACCUUCCAGCUGCCCUGCCUCAACGGGAAGUACAGGAAGAAAGCGGAUGAGUAUCUGGCACACUUUGUGGGGCAUGAGGGCAGCGGCUCACUGCUGUCGGCGCUCAAGGCGCGCGGCUGGGCCAGCGAGCUGAGUGCGGGCGUGAGUGACCAGUCUUCGGUUGCCUGGCUCUUUGAGGUGUCUAUCACCCUCACGGAGGCAGGACUGGCGGCAGGGCCAGGCUGCGGGCUGGCAUGUGUGGGCCUGUUGUUUGAGUUCCUGGCGCUUCUGCGGAGCGUGGGACCCCAGCGCUGGGCUUAUGAUGAGCUGGCCACCAUAGCGCAGAUGCGGUUCAGGUUCCAGGAGGAGGAGGACGCGGCCGAGUAUGCGGCAGGGCUGGCCUCAAACCUCUUCUUCUAUGCACCAGCCGAUGUGCUGGCGGGGCAGUACAUGUUUGAAGACUGGGACCCGGCGCUGGCCACAGAGCUGCUGCAGGGCAUGACGCCCGAUGCGGUGCGCCUGGACCUCUGCACCCGCAGCCACGAGGUGUGCGCAGCGGCAGUCCGUGGCUGGCCCGGCGCGGCAGUGGGCGACGAGCCCUGGUUCAACUUUCCUUAUGUCGAGGCGCAGCUGCCAGAGGAGCUGCGGCAGAGCUGGGCGGACGCAAUUCCAUCGCUUGACAUCGCCCUACCGUCACGCAACGAUUACCUGCCUACCAACUUUGACUUGCGUUGUGAGGAGCAGGCCAACGGCGGCGCGCCUGCCGCCGGUGCAGCAUCUAUUGGCGAAAAUGGUGCAGCCAAUGGCCAGCAACAGCUUGGCCCUGCAGCGUCUGCAGCAGAGCCCGGUGGUGGCUUGGCCCCAGACUUGGCAGUCUUCCCCUCCCCACCAGCCCUGCUGCUGGAUGAACCUGGGCUUCUGGUGUGGCACAAGCUGGAUGCCUCCUUCCGCCAGCCGCGGACCAACGCCUACCUGCGACUCUUCUCUGCCGCGGGCUACGCCUCGCCGCGCGCCGCAGCGCUUUCCCACCUCCUCAUCAAGCUGCUUGAGGAUGCUCUGUGUGAGACAGCCUACCUAGCAGAGGUGGCAGGCCUACACUACGGAAUCUGGUGGGAGGGCGGCCCGGGCAUGGACUUCAAGCUCUAUGGCUUCUCGGAGAAGCUGCCGCUGCUGGCCGCCUUCAUCUUCCGCUCCCUGGCUCAUCUGCAAGUGUUGCCGGAGCGGUUUGUGCGCAUCAAGGAGGCGCUGCUGCGGAAUUACCGCAAUGUCAAUAUGAGCCCAAGCAAGCAUGCCACAUACCAGCGUCUACUGGCGCUGAAGGAGCGGUUCUGGCACGCCGACCAGGUGCUGCCUGAGCUGGAGGGGCUGGAGGCAUCUGAUGUGACAGCCUUCCUUCCCGCCCUGCUUGCGGGGCUGCAUAUCGAGGCCUUGCUGCACGGCAACAUUGCUGCCAGCGAGGCCGAGGCACUGGCAAGGCGGCUGCAUGUCACCCUGGGUGGCGCCAGCCUGGCAGCCAGCACACGGCCCGCCGAGCGCUGCGUGCAGCUGCCCAAGGGCUGCACCAUGCUGAACAGGAGCCGAGCAAAGAACCCCGAUGAGGAAAACAGUGUGGUGGAGGCCUACUACCAGUGCUGUGCAGACACGGUGCAGGACCGCGCGCUGCUGGACAUGGUGGAGCAGCUGCUCUACGAGCCGUGUUUCGACACGCUGCGGACCAAGGAGCAGCUUGGAUACAGCGUGCACAGCGGCACACGGCGCACGCACGGCGUGCUGGGCCUGUGUGUGGUGGUGGUUUCGGGCGCGCACGGCCCGGCGCACCUGGAUGUGCGCAUCGAGGCCUUCCUGGCCUCCUUUGCCGCCACGCUGGCAGAGAUGGGGGAGGAGGAGUUUGAGAAGCAGCGGCAGGCGCUGCUGGCCAUCAAGAUGAUGAAGGACCGUACCAUGAUGGAGGAAAGCGACCGGGCAUGGGACAAGAUUGCCAGCCGCAGCUACGCGUUCCAUUCGCUUCGGGAUGAGUGCACCCACCUGCGCGUUCUCACCCUGCAGCAGGUGCGCGACUUUUACAACACCUACUUGGCGCCAGGCAGCAUCACGCGUCGCAAGCUGAGCUUGCACAUCAUGGGGCAGGCGCACGUGGCGGAGCUGGAGGCGCAGCCCCCGGCAGGCGUGCAGCUGGUGGAGCAGCCGCAGGAGCUCAGCAGGCAGCUGCCGUUGUGGCCGGCAAUGCUGGGUGAUGCGCACGCGUGCAACUGA